CUAUAAAUGGCUCGAGCAUUGUGGCACUAUAAAUAGGAGAGGAGGAGGGAGGAGGGAAUACGCACUACCUCCUACUUACUUGCACAGGUACGUUGUGAUAGAAAGCUCAGUGGUAAGCAAUGGCUGGAGGAGGCAAAAGUGGUGCAGCGUCGUCUCUUCUACUUGUGACGCUGCUCGUGACGUUGUUGGCCUUCUUCGCCACCGACGCCUCGGCUGCCCGUGUCACACCCCGUCAGCAAUCCCUCGCCAGAGCGGCACUGAGUGCGUUGGGAGCAAGGUCAGAUGGGCCGUGCUGCAGAUGCAUGUGUCCUAUGAUUUACCCAACUCCUUUUUGCGUUUGCGUCGGCGUAUGGCAAGGCUCCUGCCCUUCCGCAUGCACCAACUGCCAGUGUGUCCUCAACAAGUGCACUUGCAUUGACCAUGUGGACCCCAAGGCCUGCAAGGCCGACUCCUGUCCCUGGCUUGAUGCAGCCCCCGAAGUAGAGCCGUCGCAGCAGUGGGCGAUCGAAGAAACCGGUGGGAAAUUAGCGAUGAUGGUGUGAUCCAAUUGUGUUUUUGUUCGCCUGUUAUUUCUGUUAUCUUCUCUUUAUCCGUCCUAUCUAUCCCUCCAUCCAUCUAUGUCGUGUGUUGUUGCUUUGCUUCAGUAAUAAAAUGCUUCUGCUUUUAUCGUGACGGAUGCAGCGUUAGCAUAUAAAGAGCUCUAUUUAUA